ACCAGGAAGUAGCGUCUUCUUUGAGCGGUCGUGUUGCCACGUCGGAAACACCAUAGUCCAUUGAAACUCUGGGCGGCUGCGGCUGUCUUUUCUGUUGUCAGGAUUUGUGAUUGCCAUAGUACAUAAGUUAUUAUAGUUCAAGUACAACAAUGGUGUCAGUCAUCAAUACCGUGGAUACGUCUCAUGAGGACAUGAUCCACGAUGCUCAGAUGGACUACUAUGGCACACGCCUGGCCACUUGCUCCUCUGACCGCUCUGUGAAGAUAUUUGAUGUGAAAAAUGGAGGCCAAAUCCUGCUGGCUGAUUUGAGAGGACACGAGGGCCCUGUGUGGCAGGUGGCCUGGGCUCACCCCAUGUAUGGCAACAUCCUGGCCUCCUGCUCCUAUGACAGGAAGGUCAUCAUCUGGAAAGAGGAAAAUGGCAGCUGGGACAAAAUGUAUGAGUACACUGGCCACGACUCAUCAGUGAACUCCGUGUGCUGGGGUCCGUAUGACUUUGGACUGAUCCUGGCCUGCGGCAGCUCUGAUGGAGCCAUCUCCAUCCUCACCUUCUCUGGAGAUGGACAAUGGGACAUCAAGAAGAUCAGCAACGCACACACGAUUGGCUGUAAUGCAGUCAGCUGGGCCCCUGCCGUGGUGCCAGGUAGCCUCAUAGACCAGCCCACCGGCCAGAAGCCCAACUACAUCAAGAGAUUUGUGUCUGGAGGAUGCGACAACCUGGUCAAGCUCUGGAAAGAGGAGGACGGUCAGUGGAAGGAGGACCAGAAGCUGGAGGCUCACAGUGACUGGGUGAGAGAUGUGGGCUGGGCUCCGUCCAUAGGCCUGCCCACCAGCACCAUCGCCAGCUGCUCACAGGACGGUCGUGUGUUUAUCUGGACGUGCGACGACCCCUCGGGCAACACGUGGACGGCCAAGCUCCUGCACAAGUUCAACGAUGUGGUGUGGCAUGUCAGCUGGUCCAUCACUGGAAACAUUCUGGCUGUCUCCGGCGGCGACAACAAGGUGACCCUGUGGAAGGAAUCUCUGGAUGGCCAGUGGGCUUGCAUCAGCGACGUCAACAAAGGCCAGGGAGCCGUGUCCUCCGUCACAGACGGACAGCAGAAUGAGCAGUGAGACUGUACAGCCGCCUGGUGGGUGUGGGGGAUCCCUUACACCGUCCCCAUCUUCACCCAUCUAUCAGUCCCACUCAGAUGGCUAUGAGGCAAGUCCACUGUCAAUGCAGGAUCCUUGACUGCCUCAAAGACUUUUCCAGAACAUUUGUCCACAACAGAGUUAACACACAAACCAGGAAGUGGCCCCAUCAUCUAAGGGACAACGCUGUCUAUAUUCCACAUCCCCAGUCCAGCCUUCGUUGUGUCACUCCAAAUCAAAGGAUGCUAUUUGAUGAGGUCAUGCAGAGCAGGGUUGAAAUCUUGUCAUGGUCUUCUAAAUUUAUUACCAUUAAAAUUACCAGUAAAUUUGUUCUUCUAUUGCUAUUGUCUAAACAGCUGUCAGUCUUGUAACGUGAUUGAGAGAGCAUGAGAGAGUAGAAGUGCUGUUUGUCCGAGUCCGACCUCAGAGAGUUCACACUGAGCGAAAAGGGAUGGUGCCUAUUCUCAUCACCUCAGUGGAUCAUGCUGCACAGGACAGAAAACAAUUCACAAUCUUUUUUUCCCCUUUUUAUCUGCUUUUCUUUCACUUUUCAUUCAGAGAAUGAACUUUUCUAAUAAUUAAAAUGAAAUAAUAAUAA